ACUUGCUGGUGGUUGCAAAAUCAGCGAGCGCCCGUACGUGUGCGACUACCCGGGGUGCGGCAAGUCGUUCUGCCAGAGUGGCCAGCUGAAGACUCACCAGCGUCUACACACAGGGGAGAAGCCGUUCGCGUGCUCCGUGGAAGGCUGCCCUAGCCGGUUCACGCACGCCAACCGCCACUGCACGGAGCACCCAUACGCCAGUCUGAGGCGCGUCUCCACACAGGAGCAGUUGAAGGACCGCCUCGGCGUCAUCAAGUCGUCAUCUAACCAGUCCGUCACGGAAUGGCUCACUCGACACUGUAUGCAGCGGGAGGAAAUGGCGGUUGCUCCAACUCAGCCUGAGAAGAAGUUUAAGCGCGAGUCGUCGGCGCUGCCGCCAGCAACCCCUAUCGUGCAGGUGCAGCACAUUGCAGUGACCCCUCGCGAGGAUCCAGACAAUGUCCCGAUGCCCUUCAUCACGCCGCGAUCGUUGACGAAUUUGUCAUCUGCUUCAUCAUUCUCUUCAGCCACGUCAUCUGUCAGUGCAGCAUCGUCCGUUUCAGUCGCCUCGUCUGCGUCAUUUCCGCCCAUUCAGUCAAUGCCAAGCAUGUUUACGUCAUCGAAUUCCGUCCAACCAGCUCCAGUGACGUCAUCAUUAUUAAACUCAACCCACUGUGCUACGUCCCUAGAUCGACCUGUCCAGAUGAUUGGAUCCCCGGUCAAGUCUAGCUUCAAGCCGGGACACAGGCCCUUCAAAAAGGAGGCUACAGACAAAUGGGUGUCCGCCUUAGCCUUGCUAGAACUGGCUCAUGGGGUUUCGUAAGAAACUUUCCUUCGGCACCAAUCACAUUGUAUCAUUACUAUUAUUUUAUCUUUAAGAAUUGCAGUUGUCGUUUUGAUAUAUCUUUUCUAUGGCAUAUAUUAUUUAAAAGAAUUAUUCAUGGCAUGUCAACUAGCAAGCAUAGUUUCAAUUAUAAGUAUUGUAUGUACAUGUAAAUAUUUCUGGAAUUUCAAAGGCAAUACUUUUCUCAAUGAAUUUGAUAUGAUAGAAUAUAUCAUACCUUUGACAACAAGUUCGUCUUAAAACCAAAAACAAUAGUUAAUCAUACUGGUACAUUACUUUUUUAAAGAGAAAUACAUUUAUUUUCAUUUGAAAAGGUGCUUUCAUUGGAUCACCAAAUCAGCAUAAUUUUAAGUUCAUUUUAAAUGAAAAGUGUUCAAACAUAUGUGCAUUUCAUUUUUGUGUGAUGUUGAUUUCAACAUUUUUUAAAUAAAAAGUUCCUGAAUUUGCAUAUUUAUAAACUUGUGUUCAGAAUUUUGAGAUUUUUGUGUGGAAUGUUAAAUGUAGUUACAUCACUUUACAGAUGAUUUUGUAUGUUGUGCACAAAUGUUUGUUUAUGUAUUUUAAACAACUUUAAGCCUUUGUUUAAGAUUUUACCAAACACGCUUCACUUUUUACUUAAAAUGUUGUUUUUUUUAAUUGUUGUGUAAUGUGUUGUGUUAUGUUUUAAGGAACUAUUUUGGAUGUGCUCUGUGAAAAGGGGGCUUAAUGCAUGUGUGUAAAGUGUCGUCCCAGAUUUAACAGUGCAGUCUGCACCGGCUAAUCAGGGACACUUCCCACUUUUUUUUCAUUUUUCAUUUCAAGGAAGACUCUACUUCACGAAAAUCCAGUUUAGGUGGAAAUAGUUAUCCCUGAUUAGCCAGUGUUGACUGCACAGGCUAAUUUGGGACGUCAAUUUUUGCACAUGCAUUAAACCCCCUUUUCACAGAGCGCAGCUCAUUUUGUUUUUUCAAUACUGAAUUAAAGUUCUUUUAAACAUGCCCCUACAAAAUAGACAGUUUGCAUAUUUGGUAUUGACAAGAUUUUAUAUAUUAAACAUAUUGUGCAUUAAUGUGUAAAACAUUACCAAUUACAUUGAUUAAGAAUGUAAUGGUAGUUAAAGAUAAGUUUAUAAUCUGAAUCUGAACAUAAUUUUGAUUUUAUGGAAAUAGUUAUGAAUUAGGCCACAAGUAUAGAUUGCAGUUGCAUAACUCUCAGUCGAAUUGUUAACAUAGAUUUUACAACCUAACAUAGAAACAAUUAAUAAUUUAACCAAAGUUCUUUGGUUGUGUAUAUAGAAGUGUUAUUUCUUCUUUUUUAAUGAAAUUUAAGUUUGCUUAUAACAAAGCCAUAGUUAUGAAUCAGGUAUUGUUCAUGAAGAAUACAUUUGUUUCAUUUUCUGUAGUCUUAAGUUAACAAUGUUUUUUUAUUAUUUUCCGUCCAAUCAAUCCAUAUAUUGCAGUUAUUUAUCUGUAAUAGUUUCAUCCUUUUGUACAUUACUAGUAAUUUAUUUCAAAGUAUUGUCCUUGUAUGACUAAUUUUUACAUAGGUAUUUAUUCAUUUUUAUGUACUCAUUGUAAGUAUAAAUACCGGUAUUUAUCAAAUAUAUAACUUUAUUAUUUAUUUACAAAUAAAUUAAUGUGUAACUUAUGAACAAACAUGUUGAUUCUGAUUUGAUGAAUGUUGUGUAAAAUACUUUUUUAAACAUUCGAAAAUAAAUGUUUCCAAAUUUAUUUAAUUUAUGUAUUGAAAAUAUUUAUUUAUUUGUAUUUAUUUAAUCCAAUUACAUUAAGAAAACGUUAAAGCUUAUUUUGAUUGAUAGAAACAAUGAGUUUUGGCUUAAACUUUUAUUACAAUUACAAUUAUUAUUUAUCACUGCCAUUAUAUGUUUUGUUUAGAUUUUAAUAAUUGUUUAAUGUACUUGUCUAGAAAUGUUCUGUUGUCAUCCAAUGCAGCUAAAAUAAAGACAUGCAUACGUAAAUGCUUAUUGAGUAACUCAAGUUUUUGUUCAAAUAAAAUCAUAAAAAAAUAUAUAAAAAGAAUAAAUAUUUAUACAAAAAUUAUAUUAAUUGAAAUUGAAAAAUGUUGAGCUUUUUUUGCUUUAAGUAAUGUUUAGUUAGAUCAUGUGAGAAUAUUUAGUUCCAUCCAGUAUUAUAUGAUAUAUGACACGGAACAUUUCUUAAAGACCGAGUACUCACAACCAGUUUUGACUGCCAGAGAUUGUUGUGUUAAUGUCUGCGUGUUUUUCUGCAAAAUUCAUAGGGUGGAAUAAUUAAAUACAUGCGUUAUCUGUAGAUUUGUUCUUGCUUAGUAGAUUAUUUCUAUUUCUUUCACAUCUUUUUUUUGCUAUGCCUAUAAGUAACAAAGCUUAGAUUGUAUUAUUUCAUUAAAAAAAUAUCAUUAUUAAUAAAGGCUGUUAGUAUUGUAAACAAUUUUUGUUUAUCAUUACGUGAUGGAAAUAUAUUAAUAUAUUAAUUAGCAGUUUUAUAUUGUCGUAGUUAAGUUUGUUUGUUAGGUAAUUGAUUAAAGGUUGAAAUUUGUUGUUAGUGUAAAAUUUACCAAUUGUUUUUACUAUAAAAUUGUUAUUUGGAGUUAUCAGCCACUUAUGCACAUAUUUUUUAUUAAAAAACCUUUCUUGUUCAAUAUGAAUGCUAACUCUUAUUCAUUCAUUGUGUAAUCAUUAAGGGAUAUUGUCACGUGAGAAUUUAAUCUUAAAAGCACUCAAAUCUAAUUAUUUGCCAAAUAAGUAUUGUGUUAAAUUAUCAUUGAUAUGUAUUUGUAUCAGCAAAGAAAAGUACAUUUUUGCUGUACACACAUCACAUAAAAUAAUUUCAAUCUCUUGAACGAACAACAGAAAAAAUAAGCGAUCUAUUUCUGUACCGGUAGACUUGUUGAAUUCAGUUUGUUGAAUUCAGUUUAAAGAUGUAUAUGUGAAAAUAUGUUCUUCUUGUCUCUUAAGCUAAAUUGCUAUCUCUUCUUUUCUCACCUUCCCCUUUACCUUUGUGUUGUUGUUUUGUGUAAAUAGUAAAACACCUAAUUUAUUACUUAUUGAAGUAUAAAUUAUGCAAGUACAAAAUGUGCUAUAUUGUAAAUAAGCCUGAAUGUAUGUUUGAUGAAUGAUAUUGAAAAGUAUUUACACAAAUUAUAGUAUACACUAUUAAUAUAUAUAAUAAUUUAAAAUUCCAUAUUUAUGUUUGAUGUUUUGCGUGAAAAUAUUUUUCAUAGAUAUGUAGAAACACCGUUUUAAUUAUAGAUUAGUGUUAUAGAUGUUGAAAGUGAUUUUCUUGAAAUUUGUGAAUUGAUUUGUUAGUUGUUUCAUAUUUUUAUUGUGAGAGUAGUUUCUAAAUGUGACAUAUUGCUCAAUGCAUGUGAAAAUGUUAAACAUGUUGCAUACAUAUAGCAGCCAUUUUUCUGCAUUUGAAAAUAAUAAAGAUGUGUUCAGAAAGCAUUAAUCAAUCGGUAUUCAUAUUCAUCAUCACUCUAAACAAUCACAAUAUUCGUUUCAAAUCCAUACAAAUUACCUCCAUACUGAUCAUACUUUAUUUAACAACCAUGAUAUAAUUUAGCUGUAAUAAUAAUUGCUCAGAUAAAAACAUUUCUAACAGGAAUAAUUCCAUAACUUAAGUUUUGAAGUGCAUUAUAUCAUUUAAAUGGAAAAACAAUCUUUAAGCUUUUAACUUUAUAACCAUUUUUUAAAUAUAGACCUUUUCUGUACAAAGUACAUACAUAACUGCUAUUUUAUAACCUCUUUUCUUUCUUUUCUGUCCAUUAACCCUAGACAUUCCAUUUCUACCAUAGAUGUACAUCGUUGUCGAAGUUUUCUACUUUUGAAUACAAAAAUAAAUAUAAAUUUAACAAUA